ACAAAAAAACGGAAUACAAAAAAAAGGAAAUAGCCAAAAUUUGUUAAAUUUUUUUUGUGUCUUUAAAACAAAAAAAAAACAAAAACAACAACGGAAAAACAGCCACGAAAAGCUUAACGGAAAUCCAUUGAAAAGCAGCAGCAGCACAAUUUUGUCGUUUAUAAAAUUGAAAACUUUGUCUUAGGAUUUGAAUUUUCGUCUUAGUAUUUUGAAUUUUUACGUUCGUCAACGCGGUCGAGAAAAUGUUCUGAAAAAGUCUUGAAUGAAAAAACUUUGAGAGGUGAAGCCAUCGACAAAAACAAGGGAGGAGAAAGGAGAAGAAACAUUAAGCAUUAAACAUUAAACAUUUCGCGAGUGAAUACUAGGAAACGGGGGAGAAGGACAGUUUUGUGCCAAAGUUGCGCAACGAGAACUGUACAUUUGUGUAUGUGUGUGUGCGGUGCGUAUCUGUGUGCGGCCAUCGUUGGCUAAGCAGCACACAGGAGACCCGGAAACGCGGAGACCCGGAGACCCGGAGCAGAGAAGGAGUCUUCGCAGAAGCGAGAGAUCGAAAGAGAGAGAGAACGAUAGAGGAUCAGAUCGAAGAACAUCACAAUAUCACAAUAUAUAUCCAUAUAAAAAUUAUCUCAAAUUAUUCAUAUCGUGGCAAAAGCAAAAGCAAACCAAAAGCAAAAGCAAAACUAUGAUCUAAAACAUGUAAAAACAGUUUUCGAAAGCAUUUCGUACGUAUACAAAAACAAAUUAAAGCUAAUAUUAGUAGUGUGAAAAAAAAAUACAAAACAAAAACAAAAACCAAACAAAAAUCCAUUCAGAUAAGCGGAGCGUUCUAAGCUAAACAUCAAAUUAUAUUAACAUUUAUGAUAACACGAGUAUUCGAGCAUCUUAAAACUAUACACAGGAGAGGAGAGGAGCAAACGAAAUAGAGAGAGAAGGAGAAGGAGAGUUUUUCUGGCAUAAAUCAACAUUCCCCGAAAUCCCAUUUGGUACACAACUUUGGCUAAGGAAAACAAGCCAUCACUAUUGGCUGCUGAAUUGUUCAACCAAAAACAAGGAUUGACGAUUGCCAGCCCAGAAAUAUCUUUGGAACCAAUUUGAAAUCAUCGAGAAAACGCGACCAGGAGGGAGAUACAAUUUCAUUUCAAACUAAAAAGAAAAGCAAAAGCAACAGCUUCCUGGGAGGAGCAGAUACGCAAAAACAAAAACAAGUUUAUUAUAAACGAAGGAAUAAAUAAAUGUGACACUUAAGAAGAAAGGAAUUUUAAAUUUGGACAAAAUGAAGAGAAACAAAUGAAGAGAGUGGCAGAAACCCAAACAGCAGCAGCAGCAGCAGCCAACUAAAGCAGCAGCUAAGUGGCUAAGUGGCUAAGUUGCUAAGCGGCUAAGAAAGAGAAACAGAAACUGCAGAAAUGUGCAUCAAAAGUCAAUAGAGAAGGAGUCCCAACAGAGACAAAAGCCACACGAGAGAGAGAGAGAGAGAGGAGAGGCACAGCAACUCUCCGGGUGUCCAGUCAAAGGACACACAGAGAGGACAAGCAGCAGCAACCAAUAGGAUAUACAAGGCUCCCAUCGAGAGCAUAGGGGAGAGCACAAUGGCCAUCAACUUUUCGGCCUCGUUUGCGGCCUGCAUAGCGGCAGGCCUGAAGGUGCCCCGCCAGAUCAUGUACUGCAUUACCCAGGACUCGGGCCAGCCUUACGUCCUCUACAAGGACUCGCAGGACGCGGAGCGCAACCCGGGCGCCCUCGGGGCGAGCGCCGCCCAGUGGGGCAGCGACAUGUACCCCAACAUCCAGCAGCAGGCCCAGCAGCACCUCAACGCCCAGCAGCAGCAACAGCAGCAGCAAGCGCAACAGCAACAGAAUGCGGCACAGGCUGCCGCCCAGGCCGCCGCAGCGGCUGCAGCAGCGGGCCAGCCACAGAGUCCUCCGGGCGGGGGCCAGGAGCCCCGCGAUAACGGCAGCGGCGACGGCCGCCAGCAGCAGGUGUCGCCCUCGUCCAGUCCGUAUCCCUCGGUCCAGCAGCAGCAGCAGCAGCAGCAGCGGGCGAAUGCCGGCGGCGAGGAGGAUGCCAUGAACCAGCUUCAGCAGAACUCCGCGCCAAACCAAAACCAAAGCAGCAACGACCCCCAACACUCCGGCUCGAAUCCAGGGGAGGCGGGCAACCCGCACGUGCAGCAGAACGGGGGUGGCGGCGGCGGACCACAGGGCGAUCCCAGCAAUGGCUUCCAGACGCCCGACUACUAUGCACCACGACACGCGGCGCCGCAGGGCGGGAUGCUGGCUCCACCCGGCUUCCCGCCGCUCCACUAUCUAAACAAGAGCGUCCUGCCGAUGGAGCAGAGCGGGGCAGGGGGCGGAGGAGGCGGUGGCGGCGAGGCCUACUCGCUGCCGGAGCUGCUGCCGGGCCAGCAGAAUGGCCAGCAGAACGGUAACGGCGGACCGUCGAACGCGAAUGCCAAUGAAGGCGCCGCGGCGGCCAACGGAGGGGCGACGGGUGCCGGUGUGGGGGCGGUUAGCGGAGUGACAACGGGCGGGCGGACGGGCAACGGUCCGGGGCGUCCGCACAAGAACAAGCCACACAGCGACCUGCGGCUGUUCAAGUGCCUCACCUGCGGCAAGGACUUCAAGCAGAAGAGCACACUGCUGCAGCACGACCGGAUCCACACGGACGCGCGCCCCUUCCCGUGCUCGGAGUGCGGCAAGCGCUUCCGCCAGCAGUCGCACCUCACACAGCACCUGCGCAUCCACGCCAACGAAAAGCCCUUCACCUGCCCGUACUGCUCGCGCAGCUUCCGCCAGCGCGCCAUUCUCAACCAGCACAUACGCAUCCAUUCGGGUGAGAAGCCCUUCGCCUGCCCCGAGUGCGGCAAGCACUUUCGCCAGAAGGCCAUCCUCAAUCAGCAUGUGCGCACCCACCAAGAUGUCUCGCCACACCUCAUCUUCAAGAACGGGCCGCACCCGACGCUGUGGCCCUCGGACGUGCCCUUUCCGGGAGAGGAGAACGAUACGAAGGGAGACAUUGCCGGUGCCGGCGGCGGAUACCAUGACGACGACUCCCAGGGCACGCCAGACGGCAGCGGGGGCAUGCAUUAUCCCUCGUACUUCAAGGACGGCAAGGAUCAUUCCGCAGGUCAAAAGAUACUGCCCGAGGUGCUGCAGCACAUCGGUGUCCGUCCGGCGAACAUGCCGCUCUACGUCCGGUGCCCCAUCUGCGACAAGGAGUUCAAGCAGAAGACCACCCUGCUGCAGCACGGCUGCAUCCACAUCGAGUCGCGGCCGUAUCCCUGCCCGGAGUGCGGCAAGCGCUUCCGCCAGCAGUCGCACCUCACGCAGCACCUGAGGAUCCACACCAACGAGAAGCCCUUCGGCUGCAUGUACUGUCCGCGCUUCUUCCGCCAGAGGACCAUCCUCAACCAGCACUUGCGCAUCCACACCGGCGAGAAGCCCUACAAGUGCACCCAGUGCGGCAAGGACUUCCGACAGAAGGCCAUUCUGGACCAGCACACGCGCACCCACCAGGUAGGGGAUCGACCCUUCUGCUGCCCGAUGCCCAACUGCCGGCGACGCUUCGCCACCGAGAACGAGGUGACCAAGCACAUCGACAACCACAUGAAUCCCAACACCACCAAGGUGCGACGCCAGCAGCAGCAGCACCAGCAGCAACAGCAGCAGCAACAGCAGCAGCAGCAACAGGUGCAGCAGCAACAGCAGCAGCAGCAGCAGGGCAACAGCAACGCGGUGGCACAGGUUGCCUCCGUGGCCAAUCACCUGAUGAACGACGCCAAGAGCCUGGCGGCCCAGCAGUUCCUCAACAACAACAACCCGACGGCGGUGGACAACAAGGCCAACAUCCUGCCGGUGCGGAGCAUAGCGGCCAAUGCCGCGGCCGCAGCCGUCGUCCAGCAGUCGGUGGUGAAGAACGAGCUGUACUUCCCUCAGUGCUAUGGGCCGCCCUUCCAGCACCCCUUCCAGACGCAGCAGCCACAGCAGCCCAGCGUGGCACACGCGAACGGGGGGCCCACGACGCCGGUGACCGUCACGGUGGCCAAUUCGGUGGCGCCCGGCGUGGUGGUGCAGCAGAACCCGUCCGCCUCCGUUGUGGCCCAGUGACAUCCCACCACUGGAGCACCUGGAGCCCAGCAGCAGCAGCAACAACAACAGCAGCAGCAGCAACAGCAACCAACGGCGCCCCAACAGCAACACCAUCCGCCACCCCCACCGCCGCCCACAUCGUCCGCACAUCAUAUCACAGCAGCAGCUGCGGCGGCGGCAGCAGCAGCAGCGGCCUCGCCCACCUCCACGCACGCCUCAUCGGUGGCGGCACCGCAGACGGUGACGCUUUCGAUCACAUUGCCGCCACCGCCGACGUCCCACCCGCCCCAUCCGGGGCAUCCGGGACACCCGGGAGUGCCCAACGGGGGUGCGCCCCCACCGCCGCCCACUCUAACACAUGCGAUACCCAUCCAUCCCCACAUACACUCGAUAUUCGGAUCUCUAUGAUGUCAUCAGUAGGAAGCGCGAGAGAGAGAGAGAAAAGAGGAGCAGGAGCAGAAGCAGUAGAAGUAGCAGGAGAGAGGAGAGGAAAUCAAAAUUGAGGAACACACUAUUCACAAUAUUCGAUAGGUUCGAUAGGUUCGAUAAGUUCUCUAGUUAUAGACGCAUACAAAUUCUCUUAGUUUUUAAAACUAAUCUUUAAUCUUAAAACCACAAAACACAGUUUUGGUAACAGAAAAACGGGAACGGGACAGAGCAGAGCCGAGUAGAGCGGACGAAGAGUAAGAAAAGAUGAUCGGGAGAAGAGGAGCUGAACCAGGAAAAACAGGAAAACAGGACGAGUACUAGUCUUUUCGAAAAGGACUCUAAACUCCUUUGAUUACAACCAUUAACAUCAAAUGCAAAUGGUUAACGAUUGAGAGCUACAGCGCUACAAAGAGAAGAGCGAGAAUGAGAACCAAAACACAACGUUAUACGAUUCCUUUUUGAUAAUUUCGUUUAAGGACCCUAACACCUCUUAAGACUACCAAUACAUCAAAUAUUUAUACACACAGACACACACACACACAAACACAAGUUCGUCAGACAUGAAGCUGAGGAUGAUGAUAGGGACGAUGAUUACUGAAACAAUCGACAAGAGUUAUACGAUUUUAGGCGUAAACUUAGGAUAACUCAGAUAUAGAGAGAGCGAGAGCAAGAGAGAGAUGGGGAAUGAAUGGAUAGACAGAUAUGGAGUAUGGAGUAUGGAGUGAUACGAGCGAUAGGAGCGAUAGAUAGGGCAGCUAUAGGGGAGAGAAAGAGAGGCGCCACAGACGCUGGCUGGCGCUGAGCAAUUUGUUUUUCGAUGACACAGCAGCUAAGUUUUGAUUUCGUUCUCCAGAUAUGUUGAAGUAUUCGAAUUUUUGUUGAAUGAAUAUGGAUAACCCUUAUUAGAGCCUUCUAAUUUUUUUUUUUUUUUUUCAAUUGAUAUGUGAUUUUUGUAUGUGUAUAAAAUAACACUAAAACGCAAUCUAUAAUUAUACAACGAGCAGAAUAAGUUGUAGAAACCUUAGUACAUUGAACUAGGCUUCAUUUGUUGUCUUCCCCAACUAAUUGUGUGUAAUUUAUGUUGAGUUUUUAUUUAGUACGAGUAAUUAGGCAUACGUUUAACCCAAAUAUGUCCACACAAGUGCACGCACAACCAACCCAUAGGCAGACACAAGAUAGAGAGAGAGAGAGGAAGAGAGAGAGAGAGUGAGAAGGCGAACGGGCGGGAAUAGAAUCGAUCUACUAUAUAGCGAACGCAAUUCAAAUGUGACUCUUCAGGUGCCAUACAAUCGAACAAUAGUCAAAAAGUUAUCUGAAUCACCCCACCACCCAAUACUUUUCCCUUUCCCCUUGCCUCGAAUCCGAAUCCGAAUCGGAAUCCAAAUCCAAGUCCAAAAACCAAACCACUGUGUGGAUAUAGAUGACAAAUUUAGUUUCAUAUCAAAUUUUCCAAUGUACCGUCAAAGCAUUUAUGAUUGUUAUUAAUCUUAUAGCGUAUGCUUCCUACGUAAUACGUAUUGAUGGGAUCGCAGAUGGGAUCGCAGAUGGAAGAGCGAGAGUAAGAGCGGGAGAGAGACAGAGAGAGAGAGAGAGAGCAGAAAUUAACUCUAGUUUAGUCGUUUCACCUUUGCAAGUACUAUCUACUCAUUAUUUAAUACAUUUAGUGUCUAGCCAAUUAAGUUUCGAUGGAAGUAAAUCGGAGAAAGUGCUCGGAAUACGAUUUGUUUUCGCUGUUUUUUAGGCAUACAGAUUAUCAAUUAUGUUUGCAUAUAUUAUUUAAUGAUUUCAAAUAAAACAAAAACACAAUUAUUUUAUUUCCGA